GCCUGCUGGAGGUCGUGUUUGUUGGCGAGCGGACUGGACCUGCGGUGCCAGGUGGUAUUGAGGCGGGGGAGAGGGUGAGGGCUGCGCCAGGAGAGGAUUUAACGUGAUAAGCAGUGAACCCGUUCUCCUUCGCCUCGUGUCGUCCUGCUGCCGCUGCGAGCUAUUGUUCCGUGAAUUCCUAUGCAUCGCUCUCUGGCUUCACACAGUGACUUGGGGAUGAUCAAAUAGUGAAACAGCUACAUCGUACCAGAGCCUCAGGAUCACCCAAUGACAACCUUAUGCCUCAUACCUACCACCAUCAGUUGCAACACCGGGCAGGUAGAGGAGAGAACCCGCGAAUUGAUGCAAUGUACCAAGUUGUGCCGGGAAGUUUACCUACAGCUCGGGAGAAAAAAUCCAAAGAAGUUAAGCCUUUAAUCUGUUCUGUUUUGCUUGGUGUGUUGCUGAUAAUUUCAGCUGUCGUGGCAUGGUGCUAUUAUUCAGCAUCACUGAAAAAAUUAAGUUAUUUUAAUGUAAAAGAAUUGGAGCUCUAUAAGGAUGGAUUUGUCAUUAAGAAGACUAACAGUUCGGUUUUAUUUGAAAUGGGCUUCAAAUCUGCUCCCAUCGAUCUUGAGUCAUGUCUUCGAGAUGAGACUGGAGCCCGGCUAAAUUGCACACGCUCUAAUAAAGAAGAAGUUGAUUUCUUUAUUGAAACCUUUAAGCCCAAAGAUUCCAUAACUUGCUACAACGUCAAGUGGCGAACGCUGGUACCGAACUCCACGGUUGAACACUGCAUGUAUUGGGCAGGUGGAUAUUGGUAUGGAGGAGGCGAGACUAGUUCACAGCACUGGCCUAUUAAACUCUCAGGUGUGGUAGAUCCAAAGCCAUACGUAACAGGUGAUGUGCAUUCAUUGCGUGAAGGCUUUGGUGGAAUUAUAGAAAGAUACUGGGUCUCAAAUAACUCCAUAGCCAUUCGAGUUAAUGAUUCAGUCCCUCUGCAUAUUGGUUGGAACAGCUCCAAUAGAGAAGCAUUUUGUUUGCUCGCCAGAUACAAAGAUUCUCCAUUUGAAGCACCAAAAGGACAACAGCCAUUUGUAGAGCUAAGUUAUGAAGUCUGUGCUGGUUCUAAUUUGAAAGUUAUCCACCGUUACAUGGCCAAGAAAUAUUUCAAAAAGCCCGAGACCACACCUUCAGACAAUAUGUUCAUGUAUCCUAUAUGGUCUACCUGGGCCGUGUACAAAACUGAAGUGAAUCAGGAUAAGGUGUUGCGUUAUGCAGAAAAAAUUAAGAAAUAUAAAUUCAAUUGCAGUCAUAUUGAAAUUGAUGAUGGAUACUCCAGUAGCUAUGGUGAAUUUGACUUUGAUUCGGUGAAGUUUCCAAAUGCUUCGGAAAUGAUACAAAAACUUAGGUCAGACGGAUUCCAGGUGACCCUGUGGGUCCAUCCCUUUGUGAACUAUAACUCUCCAAAUUUUGUUAAGGGUAUAGAAAGUGAAUAUUUUGUAAUGGACUCCAGUGGGAGGCUUCCUGGUCUUGUGGAAUGGUGGAAUGGAAUUGCAGCAGUCUUGGACUUCACCAAUCCUGAGACUAAAAGUUGGUUUCAGAAAAGAUUGAAGCACAUGAAAUCAAAGUAUGGGAUUGAAUCUUUUAAAUUUGAUGCAGGCGAGACCAGUUACCUUCCUGUAGAAUUUAGCACUCAGAAACCUCUGUCUGAUCCCAGCAUCUAUAGUAAACUGUAUGCAGAAAUAGCAGCUUCUUACUGCAAAGCAGGCGAAGUGAGGAUAGGAUAUGGGACCCAGGUGCUUCCAUGUUUUGUUCGUAUGAUCGACCGUGAUUCUGUUUGGGGUUAUGAACUUGGUUUGAAGUCUCUCAUUCCUACUGCCCUCACCAUGAGUAUUUUGGGAUAUCCCUUCAUAUUGCCUGAUAUGAUUGGAGGAAAUGUCUAUCCAAAUAAAACUGAUGGGUCUGACGAGCUUCCAGACCGAGAGCUUUAUAUACGCUGGCUUGAGUUAUCAGCGUUUCUUCCAGCCAUGCAAUUUUCCAUCCCUCCUUGGCGAUACGAUGCUGAGGUUUUGGAGAUUGCAGCUAAAUUUACCCAGCUCCGAGAAAGAGUAGUUGGGCCCCUUAUAUUCCGACUAGCGGAGGAGGCCACUAAAACGGGUAAUCCGAUUAUCAGGCCCCUGUGGUGGAUAGCUCCUGAUAAGGAAGAUGCACACAGAAUAGAUACACAGUUUCUGAUCGGUGACGACCUUAUGGUAGCCCCCAUUCUAGAAAAGGGCAAACAAGCAAGAGACAUCUAUCUUCCGGUUGGUAAAUGGCAAAGUUUUAAUGGAAAGAUUUUUGAUAAUGCACCGACUCUCUUAACAGACUAUGCAGUUAGCCUUAAUGAAGUGGCCUAUUUUAUCAAAAUGAUUUAAAUAAACUUUUUCUUUAAUUUGGGCUAAUUCAGAUAGCCAGUUACAAUUGUUUAUCUAGUAAGUGCAUUUUAGAUCCACUGUUUGCAUCUGAAUUCAGAUAACAUACAAUUUCAGGAUUAUUUGCAUCCAUGUUUUAUUACUUUGCUUGGUCUAUCUUAACUGUUAAGUUAUAUAGAAUAACCCCAUACUCUAAAUUUUUAAUACUUCCCCUAUCUGAACCAAUUCUGUUUUUAGCACAACACUUCAUAUAGAAAAUAGAUUAAUGGUUCAUUUUAAAAUUCAAACAGACAUCCAUAUAUUAUUAAGAAUAUCAUGGGUGUAGUGUAGGUAAUAAGAAUUUCUAAGAGAAACUAGAGUUCUUCUUAUUGUUGAUUAUUGCAAGAAAUCCUGAAUCUUUUUUUUAGAAAGCAAAAGAUCAAAUAUUAUGUAUUGAACAAGAUUAUAGGCAGUUAAGUCAAAAUUUAACAUGGAAUAGUCGACAUCCAGCAGGUACAGGAAUAUUAACUAUUUGGGAAAGGGUAAAAGGUGUGACAAAUGUAAUUCAAAGUAUUUAUUUCUGGGUUGUAAGGUACCUUCUAAAUUCACUUUUAAAAGAUCUGUUACAUAGGUUAUGGAAGAGGAGAAAUUGCCAUAAAAUUCUGGGUUGUAAAUUUCACAGCUGAAUAUGAAAAUAGGCAAAUCUAAGCUAAACUUUGGUUGAGUGUGAAUGCUGUGAAAAAUUUGGAAUCUAAUUUGAACUUCAUUGGGAUGAUGGGAAGGGUAUAUUGCAAGAUGUACAGAAAACCUAGAUCUCUAUUCAUUGUAGAAGGGCAUUAAAGAGGAAAACAUUCCUGGAAAAUGUGUGAAUAUAUGAAAAUUUUAUUUACGUUGGCUGCUAAAUCGGUAACAAAAAUGCAUAGUCUUUACAGUUUCAGAAUAAGAAAUGGAAGAUAGAGGAAUUAUUUUCACACACAUUUACAGUCACUUGAUUUCCAAUAAGAAAUAAGCCAUUCAGCUAUACCUGCCUACUCUGCCAUUCAAUAUGAUUGCACACGAUCUUUUACCUCAGCCACACUUCACUGCCUUCACCCCAUAUCUAUUGGUUCCAUAAUAUCUGAAUGUUUGUCAACCUCUGUCUUAAAUACUCUACUGUUCUGAGUGGAGAAUAAUACAGCUUCAUGACCCUUUUAGUAAAAAAAAUUCUGUCUCACCUGCACCUGACCCCCGAUAUUGGAACUAUGAUCACUGAUACGAAACACCUCAGUAGUAGUUUCACUACCAAGUUAUGCUGCAGAAUUCCUUGAGAUUUACAGCAUUGUUGUGGAGUUUAAGAUUUUUUCUUAAGAGCUUCCUGGCUGCACUUUUGCAGAAUAUUGGCUUUCAUCAAAAUAGCUCAGGUACAAUUGCAUUCAUACAGUGCCUUUAAUUUAACAAAAUCUGAAGUUGUGUAGUACAUUUCUCUAGUCUGCACUCAAACUGAUUUGACUCCAUGUCACAUAAUGUGUAAAGAUUAAUUUGCAAAAAGGUCAAUCAAAGGUAUUGAUUAUAGAAGUUUUAAAGGUGUGGUGAUUCAUAGAAACAAACCAUUUAUGGUGUUUAGUAAAGAUUUGAUGAUUCAGGAUUCAAUUGUGGCAGGCGAGUUGAAUUAACCAUCAAUAGUAACUGUUCGGAAGCUAUUGACAUGAUAAAGAAGGCAGUGAACGCUGCCAGAGAGGGAGGACCUUAAUUGCUCCCCUAAGCCCCAGUGACAUUUCGGGCAAAAGAGAGAGAGAGAGAGAGUAGCUGAGAUUUACUGCUUUUUUUUAUACCUUGAUUUGACCCAAUAAGCUGUAAAUGUAGAACUUAAUUCAGAUUGAACAAUUUUAAAGUAUAAGACACAGAGAUUGUGCUGAUGCUGGAAAUUUGGAGCUGCAAACAAGAUGCUGGAAGGACUCAGUGGGUCAGACAGCCUCCUGCAGAGGGAAGAGAACCUGAAGAGUCUUGACCUGAAAUGUCAAUUGUUCACUUCCUUCCAUAGAUACUGCCUGACCUUCUGAGUUCCACCAGCAUUUCAAUUGUUGCUUUGAAUUUUAAGUAGUAGAUACAACAAAGUGUCUGGAAUAAGAUUUAGUGUCACUCAAUGCCAUCAAUAAUGUCUUUUCCCACUGAAUAUAAAGUUGACCUUGGGAGUAAACCUGUUACACCGAUUUGUAUUUAAAUUUCAAACAAUUACAACUGUGAAAGUGAUUUGUUAUGAGAAACUCUGUAUUGCUGUAAUCCAAAAGUCAGUUUCUACAUUAAAAAAAUCUGUAUGAAAUUUUUUAGAAGUGUAGAGGAACUGUUAUGAAAGCAAUUAUAAGAUUGUUCUAGUAUUUUCCUAGGUAUUAUAUGUGUUGCUAAGUUGCUGUGUUGUGAAUAUUGAUAGUAAUUAAGGUGAUUUGAGGUCGCUAUUUUGCAUAAUUGAUCAGAAUUCUUGAUUUGUAUCGGAGUAUUAUUUGAUCGGAGGUUUGAGAUUUAGUUCCCCAUAGCACAGUGGUUAGUGCAACACUUAGACAACUUGGGGAGUCGGAGUUCUGUUGUGGUGGCAUCAGUAAGGACUCUCUGCGUUCUCCUUGUGACUGUUUGGGUUUCCUCCUAUGGUCCAAAAGAUGUGUUGGUUAAUUGGUUAUUGUAAAUUGUCCUGUGAUUAGGCAAGGGUUAAGUACAUAGGUGGGUUUCUGGUUGGUGGGAAUAGUUGGGCUGGAAGAUCCAGUUCUGUGUUGCAUCGCUAAAUAAAAUAAUCUCUGUGCUUAUUCUCCAUGUUGGCUCUUCCUUUCUAAGCUGAUUUCUUCUGCUAUGUCAAUCGUGACUAUUAACUGUAACAUAUUGGUCAACUUUGGAUUGUUUUAGUUUCCCUAAGCGCUUUCAGGUUCCUUGGCAUUUCAAUGUCAUUCUGUUACUUCCAUCAAUUUGGCAGGAAGCGUCUGUGUUCAAGGAGUACAGGUUUCCAGAGUACUGCUAAUGGGAUUUGGUCCUCUGCCUUUGUUAGCCUAAAUCCUCUGUCUCCAGUUCAGAUGUAAAUUAACCCUUUUGGAGACAAAGAAUUUCCUUCAGUUUUCUUUCCUGAUCCACCCCAGCUUCCUUUCUGAUAGUUCUGUUAGGAUCAUGUGGAAGGACAUCCAAAGGUGGCAUGGUUUUCAAUAUUUCCUCCAUGGGUUUUGCUUUGAAACUAGUAAACCAUUCUUUAGUCAUUCCUUAUCGGUUGUCCACAGUAAUUAUGGAGAUAGGUUUGAUACAAGCUCCAAGAUACAUUUGUAGAUCCUCUAGUACAGGGGUUCCCAAUGCUUUUUAUGCCAUGGACCCCACAUUAACUGAGGUGUCCAUGAACCCCAGGCUGGGAGUCCCUGCUCGAGUAGGACACAGGGCUGAUAGGACUUUGCUUAUCCUGUGAGUUGAUGUGGUGGUUGUAUAUGUACAUCUGGUGCUUGAUCGUGGGGAUCUGACUUUCCCUAUGUUAACUGAAGUCCUCUAUAAAACAACGUGUCUUAAUUCUAUCUAAUCUGAAGUUUCACAUCCAUGCCAGCAUCAGAGAAUCUGUGGUAAAGUUCAAGAGGCUAGGUCAUCUUUCUUGAGCAUCUUGGAUGCAAUCAUCUUAAUUCUAUCCCCUCUGUUAUAAUUCUAUUUGUAUAAAAGUCCUCAAUGAAAUUAAGCCUCUGAUAUCUGACUCCUAUAGUGAAUACUUUAUGACCACCUGAAUUUAAUGCUUUGGUCAAAACCAGAAAGACCAUUGCUUGCUUCAUGAACUCAGUGUUUGGCCCUCUUCACGAUUUUAUUGUACCUCAUUGUGGCUGCAAUGAAGCCUUUCUGUUUGGUGGGGGGGGGGGGUGGUGUGAAUGUUGAGGGUUAUGAUUUUACCAUGUCCCUCUGCUAUGGAAUCAAUAAAACAGAUAUUAUGGGGUGGGGGGGACAAUGAGAGUUACUGUACAUUUUUUUAAAAAUUCCUUUUCUGUGAAAGAGUCCUGACUCCACAGUUGGGAUAUUCACUUGGGUGAAUUACAGGAUGAGGUGUCUCAGGAACAGAGCCUUAUCCUUGCAAGGCAACAGCUUCAAGUCAUUGGCGUUUGUGUCAUCUCACUCUGUACUAAAGUUCAAAGUUAAUGUUUUAUCGAAGUAUGUUUAUGUCACCAUAUAUAACCCUAUGAUUCAUUUUCUUGUGGGCAUUCACAAUAAUUACAGAGAAACACAGUAGAAUCAAUGAAAAGCCACACACAAAAAGAUGGUUGGACAACUAAUGUGCAAAAGACAACAAACUGUGUGAAUAUGUAAAUAUCCAGAACAUGAGAACAUGAGUUGUAGAGUCCUGGAUACGUUGUGGAAUCAGUUGAUUGUUGGGGUGAGUGAUUUUAUCCCCUCUGGUUCAAGAGGCAUUUAUCAAAGUUUCAAGUAAAUUUGUUAUCAAAGUACAUAUAUGUCAGCAUACACAACCCUGAGAUUCAUUGACAUUCCCUUUACCUCUUUCAAAUGUUUGAGAAGUUGUUCAUCCUCAGGUUUUUGUUUGUUUUGGUCUGUUCCAUGUGACCUUUGUAUCAUGCCAUUCUGCUUACUUUACUACUGGUUUUGCUCGACUCUUUGGUGUCUUGGAUAAAAGACACUCGGUCAUAUCUGAUGCCCUCAUUGAUAAACAUGCAUUGCAGAAUUGUUUUGUAUGUGGCUUCCUCUGGGUGUCAUAUUUUCCUUCAUGCUCCCUCCCUUUCGGUGAUCCUUGAUUUGCUAACAUCUUCAUCCAUCACUUUUUGUGUGAUGCUCUUGAGCAAACGACUCUGUGAUCCAGAUCAUUGUCUGCACGGAUGAGUCUUUUUGAUUGUUCUUGAUAUUCCCGUGCUGGGGUGACUUCCUUGUGUCAGGAAUGUUACUUGUGAUCUGGGUUGAGUUUGAUGGUUCCUAAGAAGCUUGUUAUCAUCACUGUAUUGUAUGCUGACAGUGGCAAAGCAGAUGACAGUUUGGAAGUUAAGUAGUUACUUUUUAGCCUAUUUACAGUUUCAUUCAUGAACUGUGAAUAUUCAGUGUUAUAAAGAUGUCAAAGACCUACCAUUUUUCGAUCUCUAAAAAAAACAGUGGUGUAUACUAGUAACAACUAUUUUACUUAACCUUAAGUGAUCAAUUAACUCAUGUAUCAAUUAAAUUUCAUCAGAGAGCUUAAAAUUUCUGGUUAUGUUGAUUCUCUUAAAUUAAGAUUUGAAUUAAGCUACUUUUACAUCCCUGAUUGACAUCUAGGACUCAGGAUCAAAAAUUGUAUAAGCUGUUCUAGUAUUUUCACUUCUAACCAUUUUAUAGGAGGUUAUUCUGAUUUGUAUAUAUGUUCAAGGAUGUGAAAUAGUUAUGGAGUUAGCUCCUAACUGCCUGAUUUUGAAUUCUAAUGUCAUUUGUGUUUGAAUAUUUUGUUUCUCUGAAACUACAAGAGUAUAAGAAUGAAUGGCAAUGGCUUAAGUAUACUGUUUCUCCAUAAUUAUUUGAAAGUGGUGAUAUUGUAGUACUGAACAUGCACUGCAAUGAAUAAUGAAACUUGCAUUUGUUCUCUUGUUGGGAAUAUAAUUGAAAAGACAUCACAUGUUGAAGAUAAGUGCUAAAAUGCUUUAAGAGAAAAGAUACUUUAAGUAACUUACAAUAAAAAGCACAAUUCUGAGUGUAUUCUAAAUGUGUACAUAAUUUUAAUUACCUAGAAAAUCGAGAUUAGUUUGUGAUAGGAAAGCUUGCCCAGUUUGGUUAACAUGAUCACUGGCUGUAAUCUAGAAACAGCAAAAUGGAAAUUAUGCCCCAGUGGUGUACAUUUUCUAAAAUGUUUCAUUCAUGCUAUGUCACAAAUUCCUCAUCCAAAAUCCCUGAUCUGUCAGCUAAAGUUGAUGUUAUCUAUUACAAAUUUAAACAAGAGCCUUUCAUUUGCUGGAGAUUGCCUUUUACAAACAAGAUCAUUACACAUGCUAGUCAGAAUUGGAGGCAUUAAUGAUGGAACAAUUGUCACUAUUCUUAUAAAGACACAGCUGGAAUCCAGGGCAUGUAGUUAGAUAUCAAAUUCUAUCAGAUCUGUCCCAUUUUUUCAGAUGCGAUCAAUGAGCUACACUUUUUUAGAGCUUUACAGUAACUGUAAAAAUAAUUGCAAAGUAGGUUUCCUUUCUUUCAACAAGAUUUAAUAGUGUUUAAGUCACAAUUAUUGCAGUGCAAAUACCCUGACCCUGGAAUUAUUUUACAAGUUGUUAUUCCCUGCAUUCCACAUUCUUAACAAUAUAGUUUGUUUGGUUCUGUAAUAAAAUGGUUCAAAUUCCCCCUUGAUUCCAUGGAAAUAUCCCAUGCUUGACUUUGAUUAAUUAUAAAUAUGUGGUUAUUACUUCCUGGUUUAUUCUCUUAAGAAUUCUCAGCCUGCAAGAUCACUGAUCUUGAAUACUACAGGUUCCCCAUUUUAUAACAACAGUCUAAAAGUCACUUUGGAGUUGGGGAAGUCAUCACCAGAGGUUUCGGGAUGCCUCCACAGGCUAUUUUCUUCAAAGACAGAUACUGUCCCUCCAUCAGGAUCACAAAAUCCAGGCUGUUGUAUAACCACAGAUGGAUCGCUAGUUUGUGUUUAUGAAUUUUUCACUGAUAUGUACACAAAUAAAAUUUAGUUUACAAGAAA